UGCCUCUGCCGCCAGGGGGAGCCCUUGAGAACCUGGUGGGAGCGUGCCACGUGGCUGGAGAAACGCUGGCGCAGGCGUUGUGGCGACACCUCUGAGGUGGGCUAGGACUUGAGCGCUCAUGUAGUCAGGGCCGCACGCAAGCACGGCAGUGGGUAUUGCCUGGUGCUUCACCAGACGCAGUAUGUUGCCUUGGCUUGGGCCAUGGGGCACAGGCCAGGAGGAGGCAUCAGAGGGGCUAGGCCUCUCCACAGGCAGUGCCCACGGAGAGGCCUGGAGCUCUGAAGAGGAAACCAUGGAAGAGCAAGAAACGCCUGUGCAGGACAGGUGAGGGCUUGGUGGGGGCCGCUAGGAGGCGUUGUGGGCGCUUUCCAAAACAAAAUCUAGGAGGUCGGUACUGGGAAAUGGGUAUACUACUGGUCCUGCGACUAACUCAGGUCAGCAUCAGGAAGGGAAGUGAGUGGGGAAGCCCGUCCUUCCCUUCACACAGCUCACAGCUCCAGGCCCUUAGCCCAUCUGAAACCGGAAGAAAUCAGCGGCAGCCUUCCAGGCACCUGGCUACUGAGCCGACUGCAGAAGCCCCAGUACCUCUUGCUCCCCGGGUGACCUUCCAGGACACCCUCUCAAUGACGACUCCACUGCCACCUUGGGAUCCCAGCUACCAGGCUAAUGCAGGAUCUCAGCUGGUGGGGCCCAACCGUGGGUCAGCGGUAUCUUUGUCUGGCAGGACACUGUGCCAUCCUUCCUGGCCUAUGUAUGAUGACUACGGCAGGAUCCCUACUACCUCAGGACAUCCAGAAGAAGAGCGGGUGGUGUCUAGGGACACAGGGCUCCCAGUGAAAAGCUGUGAAGAAGUCUUUCUCUUGGACCCUCUGCUACUGCCUGGGCAGCAGCGGGUUCCCCUAUGCCUGCCCAACCCCCCUCAGCAGGCAGUGGACCCGAGGAGGCUGCUGCUCCCUCCUCCCAUCAUGUCCUCCUCUGUGCACCCCUCUUCCUCCCGGGCCCACUCCUCCACCUGGCUCAGUGAAGCAGAGAUGAUUGCCCUUGCUGGUCUGCUGCAGAUGAGCCAGGGAGAGCAGACACCCAACUCCCAGGCAAGCUCUCUGCCUUCCACCAGCUGCCCAGACCCUGGCUCUGAAGACCCAGGCCCCAGUGGUGGCCAGAGCUGUUCUGGAAGCACUAACCCAUGACCCACACAGAACCCCGAUAGCUACUGUCCAUAGUGUACCCUGUCCCUCCCUCCAUGGGUGUUGUCUACUCCCCCAAGCUGUUUUGUUGAGAAUAAAUCAGAGUUUGCAAACCA